CCUAUUGACCCGACAGGAACUUACCAUGGGGACAGUGAUCUGCAGUUGGAGCGGAUUAAUGUGUACUACAAUGAAGCCACUGGUGGAAAGUAUGUUCCUCGUGCUGUUCUUGUCGACCUGGAGCCUGGUACUAUGGAUUCGGUGAGAUCUGGACCAUUUGGGCAGGUCUUCCGACCAGAUAACUUUGUCUUUGGUAAGCCUAGUGGUGCUGGAAACAACUGGGCCAAGGGUCAUUACACAGAAGGUGCUGAGCUUGUAGACUCUGUUCUUGAUGUGGUCCGUAAGGAGGCGGAAAGCUGCGACUGCUUGCAAGGCUUCCAGCUCACCCACUCCCUUGGAGGAGGCACCGGGUCAGGCAUGGGCACGCUCCUCAUUAGCAAAAUCCGUGAGGAGUACCCAGACCGCAUCAUGAACACCUUCAGCGUGGCGCCCUCACCUAAAGUCUCAGAUACUGUUGUAGAGCCUUACAAUGCCACGCUGUCCGUCCAUCAACUGGUGGAGAACACGGAUGAAACGUUUUGCAUCGACAACGAGGCGCUGUAUGACAUUUGCUUCCGUACACUCAAACUAACUACACCCACCUACGGCGAUCUCAACCACCUCGUGUCAGCCACAAUGAGCGGGGUCACCACCUGCCUGCGCUUCCCCGGCCAACUCAAUGCUGACCUGCGCAAACUGGUCGUCAAUAUGGUGCCUUUCCCCCGUCUGCAUUUCUUCAUGCCGGGCUUCGCCCCCCUCACCAGCAGGGGGAGUCAGCAAUACCGAGCUCUUAUGGUUCCUGAGCUCACACAGCAGAUGUUCGAUACCAAGAACAUGAUGGCUGCUUGUGACCCCCGCCACGGUCACUAUCUCACCGUGGCCGCCAUUUUCCGAGGCCGCAUGUCUAUAAGGCGCAAGGCCUUCUUGCAUUGGUACACGGGUGAGGGGAUGGGUGAGAUGGAGUUCACGGAAGCCGAGAGCAACAUGAAUGACUUGGUGUCAGAGUACCAGCUGUACCAAGACGCCACUGCCGAAGAGGAGGGAGAGUUCGAGGAAGAGGGAGAGGAGGAGCUUGCAUAAAGAGUUGACCGCUCAAGUUCUUGUUCAUUGUUUUUCUGUUCAGUUUCCUUAUUCGUUGGUUUGUCUUUUUGUUUUGAUCUCUUCCUCCCAAGCAGUUUCACAAGCUGCUAAAAAGCUCUCAAUGUUCCUACAAUGUC